AUGAAAUUUAAGUUAGUAUUUAACAAAGAAAUUCAUCUUGUCAAACUUGAAAAACCAACACUUUAAGCACUCUAAGCACAUGUCUAAAGAGUGUAUCCAUCUAUUAAUUCAAACUACAAACUAACUUAUUUGGAUAAUGAGAAUGAUGAAAUCUCACUUACAUGCUAAGAAGAUUUACAAGUUUUAAUUGAUGAAGCUCAUUAAACUGUUAAACUCUAUAUUGUUGUACCAUAACAAUAAAAAAUGAUUCAUUCUCAUUACAAAUGUGAUGGUUGUUAAACUGCCCCAAUUGUUGGUACCAGAUUUAAAUGUCUUGAAUGUCCAAAUUUUGAUUUAUGUGAAUCAUGCCAAUUCAAAAACUUACAUCACAAUCAUAAACUAUUCAAAAUCAGUAAUCCUUAAGAAUUAGAAGAUUACUAAAAAACUUAUUGUUAAAAACCAAAGCCAUGUACACAAAAUGAAGUUCGUCAUGUUGGACCAUUUCCACAUAUUUUUAACAAUUUUAUUUAAUUUGUUGAAGAUCCCAAAUUCAAGGAAUUAAAAAAGACAGCUGCUUAAGUUACCUAAGAAUUCUUCAAAACUAUGAAAGAUGGAAUCAAUAAUCAAAAAGUUUAAUAAGAAGAAAAAUCAAAUGAAUAAUAAUAAAUUGAAACCUUAAUAACUGAUUCCUAAGUUCCUGAGAAAUCACAAGUAUAAGAAAAUGAAAAUUAAAUUUAAAAGGAGGAAAUAAAAUCUGAAAUUAUAGAACAAUUCCUAAUAUAAGAACCAGUUGAGAGUGAAAUAGAUAAGAAGGUCAAACAAUUAGCUCAGAUUGUUGAUUGCAGUGAACAAUUAGCUAAGGAAUAUGUCGAAUUGUUCAGCGAAAUGCCUUUGGAAGACAUAGUUGAUAUAAUAUAUAACUAAAAAUGAA